AUGACCAAACGCACAACAUUCACCACUAUCACGCCGCUUCCCCCCGAUCUUUCUCGCGACGCAGUGCUCGCCUUCCUCCACAAUCACCUGGAGAUGAUUGAUCUCAACCCUCUCAUCAAGGAACGCCACCCAAUCCCCCCGCCUCCGCACGCCUCCGCCGACGAGCAAGCCUGCGUCUGGUACUCUCUGACAGACGAGAUAUCCUAUCUCCCCGGAAUCCCAGCCGCCUCCUCCGCCGUUUCGUAUACCUGCGCCUUCAACGACCUGCCCACCGGCCUGCAGACCCACUGCUACGCACCCAUGGGCCUCGACAUUCGCGACCGCUGGUCUGUCGCCGGCACCCUGCCGGGCGAGGCCCCGGAGAAGCGUGAGCUGGGACUCAACGCCCCCUCCCAGGGCCUCUACCUUCGCGAGGACGUCGACAUGCGCUGCAAUGUACUCAUGACUGGCUUUGUCAAGAAGACUCUUAAGAAGAGUCAUGGCCAGCUGGUCGACAAGCUCGCCGAGAAGGCCCGCGCCGUCGCCGCUGAAGACGCCGGUCAUGUCGAGGGGCAGUACCAGCACCAGCAGCCGCAGCACCGUCAGCAAACAUCAUGGCAAUCCCAGAUGGGCGGCUACUCCAAGCCGGCAUACAACCACCAGUCUACAGAGAGCCAGCACAGCGUCUCCUCGGUUCACUCGACGCCUCGACACAGGAAAACGCCGUCCCCGCCCACUCUCGACAUUCCGUCCUACCUGAAGCCUCCGACGCCCCCCGAGACGACCGCCCCACCCUCUGUGGCAAGCUCGACGGCACACUCCACCCCCGGCACGGCGAAUGACACGACCUCACCCAGCGCCUAUCCUUCUCCCCUGCGCAUCCGCCACCAGUCGCACGCCUCUGUCGGCCACGACCUCGGCCAGCUCUUUGACCGUGACGCAAAGGGCGAUGUACCGUGGCAGUCAUUGACUGCGCAAAACCACCAGCAGCCUGUUGAAUUGGCGGGAACAGACCGUGAGUAUCCCGCCAGCAACGCCUACUCGGACUUGGCAUCGCGUACGCCCUGGGACGAGGCAACACCCAAUGCCACGCCGACCGAGGCACAAGGGGCGGGCCCCGCGACCGCUCUGCACGGGCAGGCGUCGUGGGAGCACGCUCACCCGGCAGCGCUGCGACCCGGGGGGACGACGAGGAAGCCAGUGCCUGCGAAUAAGGCAUAG